UUAAACUGAGUCCUCUCGCAGAGACAGUGUGAUCCGGGACAGUAGACUGGCCUCACAAACUGUUUGAUUUGAGCCAAAGGAAGAACAAACUGGCAACAUGGCUGUGGCGGGCUGCACGAGAUGCAUUAAAUAUAUGUUAUUUUUCUUUAAUUUUAUUUUCUGGCUGGCCGGAGGUGUGAUCUUAGGAGUGGCCCUGUGGCUCCGCCAUGACAGUCAAACCAGCAACCUCCUCAUACUUCAGUUUGAAGGCCACCAGGCGCCAGGCACCUUCUAUAUCAGUGUGUACAUACUGAUCGCUGUUGGGGCUGUGAUGAUGCUCGUGGGCUUCCUCGGAUGUUAUGGUGCCAUUCAGGAAUCUCAGUGUCUGUUGGGGACAUUCUUCUUCUUUUUGAUCAUCCUCUUUGCUUGUGAAGUGGCUGCAGCAAUCUGGGGUUUCAUGAACAGGGACACAAUCUCCAAAGAACUGAUCAACUUCUACGACUCUGCCUACAUCAAGGCCGUGGACGUCUCAGGGUCUCCCAGUAAAGACACUGCCAUCAAGGUGCUGGAUGUUUUCCACAAUACGCUCGACUGCUGUGGUAAAGGAGAUGACACCGCUCUCUUCAAACAAGUCGCCGGCACCUUGUGUCCCAGAAAGUCUCCAGAAGAUUUUCUGAGAUCUCAGAGCUGCCACGAUAAACUGAUCGAGCUGUUCUCCGAGAAGCUCUACCUGAUUGGCCUGGCCGCUCUGGUGGUUGCUGUCAUCAUGAUCUUCGAGAUGAUCUUCACCAUGGUGCUCUGCUGUGGGAUCCGUAACAGCCCUGGGGUAUACUAGGAGUCCCAUCAGCCCACAUCAGCCUGUCAUGGAGUACUUUAUUAUGUGUUUUAUGCAUCAGCUCCCAUUCCUUAUGGCUAUUGGAUCUCUCUCUCUUUAAUCUAGAUUAGAAAACAUCUUUUUUUUUAAUAUUGCUAAUCCAUCAACACUUUCUUACACAAUAAUUAAGCUUCUCUCAGUCAGAUGUUCUUUAUUUAUCAUUUACAACAUUUACACAUGAAUAUUUUCUACAUGUUGUGAAAUAUUUCUUUUAAGUCAUUGAACUUAAUGCUGUUUUUAUGGAUGUAUAAAUUGUAUAUAUACUUGUCAUGUGUUAACACUAAGGAGAGUCCAUGUAUUCCCUGAUUGAUUGUUUGUGAUGCAUGUCGCUGCAGUGUUACAGUGUUUUAAAUUUAAUUUAAGCAGCAGGGUUUAGCAGGGUUACUGUCUUACUCUAAUGAUUAUCAGGAUGACAAGGUAGCCUGUGUUUUUUUAGUUGACUGUGUGUCUUUGUGCCUAAUGAACCACCUUCGUGCUGCCUUUCCUUUAUUAACCUGUGAAACACCCGCCCUUAAAUAAUGACCAAAUCAAAUAUGUCUUCUUACUCCACCUGUUUUAAUAAUGCUGACAAAUUGUGCCAUCUCUCUUUUUUGGGUGGAUCAUACGCUACGUCAGUGUUUCCCAACCUUUUAUUUUGCUUGUGGCUCCUUAAGAUGAAGCAAUUACUCGCUCCACCUAAAUUGUGAGUAGUUCGAUCAGAGAGGCGUUUUUCCACCUCUCAGAUUAUUUCAUUUGAGUGCUUUUUCGAGAGGUGAAAUGACUAAAAAAAAAAAGCAAUAGAUAGAGAAAAGUCAGGAGAAUAAAUUUGUGUAUCCAAAUGAGAUCAGUGAGUUUUUUCUCAUUUCCUAUCAUCUUGUGACACCUUGAAGGUCCUAGCUCCUGGGUUGGGAAUCACUGCACUACACAGAUGGUCAAAGGAGUAAAAAAUACAAAAUUAGACAUUUUUCACAGUUUCAUGCGUGAAUCCAAGUCCAAGUAAUCCAUCAUAAUAAGUCCUCAUUUAAAAUGUUCUUUUCUCCAAGGUGAGGUUGUGUUAAAUGUAUGUUCAUGUUUGACUGUGACACACAUACUGCAUAAGAGCUCUAUUUUAGACUAAGAUCUGUACAACAAUCUCUUUUCCUCUGAUCACUUGUUUCAGGCCUGCACACAGGCCUAGAGAAUGUGUCACGUGUCACCACAGGGGGGCAGUGUGACAUCAACACCCCUUUUGCUCAAUCAGCACAAUCCCUCCCACUGCAGCACCGUCGAAUACAUUAAAAACUCAACCGACUUGUAUUUCUGGCAGCAUGGCAGCAGACACACCCAGGACACACAGUGUUUGUCCUGGCAACAGGCUUAUUUUCUCAUCAGAGGACACAGCGUCUGUGAUGUCACGAGUGACAAAGUUUAGAUCACGUUCAGGAUGGCCCCGAGCUCAGACACAUGUUCUGUUAUGUUUUCAUGAGGCAUAAUUGGUGGGAAGGAGGACUGGAUGAACUUUGCAGAAGCAAACAGCAACACAGUGGUUGUGGUUUCUGGACAAAACACACAAAGUAAAUGCAACACAAUACAUGAAAGGAGGCUUUCUCUUGUUUUCUUAGUGACUUCUGUUUCCUCUCUUUCUUCUUCGCUUAACUUGAUGUUACAACACAAUGAAAGGCACAAAAUGCAGCUUCCAAAAUGACCAUAAAGUUGUACCAACACUUCUCUUAAAUGUUUCAACAAAAGCAAAAUUUAUAACCAUUAUGUAGGCAGGCUUCACUGCAGGAGGUGUAUUAGCUAGGUGUGCCUAAUAAACUAGCAACUGAGAGCACAUUUGAAUUAAGGUUUUCAGUAGAGUAUACCAUAUCAGGUGUUAAAUAUUUACAAAGAAUGAAUGAAUCUUAU